UCAGCUGAUUUCCCUUGUUUUUCCAGGUUGCUUUUGUUUUUAGCCGGAAAAUUAUCCGUUGGGCGCCCUUCGCCAGCUUUAACUGGAAGAAAAUCGUUCCGUGUCUCUUACUUCCCGUCACUCGUUUUAUUUUGUGUUUCGUGACGACGACAUUGUGUGUGCAAUACAUUUGGUGUGAUAUCAGUCUCGAACAAAGUGCAAUAGCAAUUUAGCAUGGCGAACAGGAAACUGAUUGGUGUCGGCCUCACUGCAGGCGUGGCAGCUUUGGGGUACAUGGCCUAUGGACGUUCUGGCCCGAAAAAUGUGUCUGCCGGGUUUAUGAAGCUCGACGGAGAAGGGAGCUUCUCCGUUGAAGAACCUUCUUAUCUCGGGGGCAAAGUCCGGGUUGUCGUCAUUUUGAAGUUUGGACCGAUUAUUUCAAACUCGACAAGCUUCGUUCUUUGA